UAUAAAGAAACUGUUGAAGAGACGUUAUUUAGUUUCUGUUCAUUGUUUUAUUCAUUUUAAACAGGAUAAAGUGUCCAAACACAGAGAAAAACUCCAGCUGAAGCGACUGAUCUCCACACUGUUAUAAAGAUGGUGUUUAUUAAAGAGGAGAGUGAAGAUGUGAAGACUGAAGAAACAUUCAGAGUCAAACAGGAAGAUCUGCAGGAACAAACAGACCUAAUUGAAGAGAAUGAGGGGAGUAAAGAGGAGGAACAUCAUGUCAAAAUUGAGGAAAAAACCCAUUUUCAGACUGAUGGUAUUUUGAAAAGGAAAGACAAGAAUCGUUUCACCUGCACUCAGUGUGAAAAGAGUUUUGUAAGACAAAGCAAUCUUAAAAUUCACAUGAGGAUCCACACUGGAGAAAAACCAUUCACAUGCACUCAGUGUGGAAUGAGUUUCAUCCAAUCAUCACACCUUAAUAAUCACAUGAAAAUCCACACUGGAGAGAAACCAUUCACAUGCACUCAGUGUGCGAAGAGUUUCAGUUUAUCGUCAUCCCUUAAUCUACACAUGAGGAUCCACACUGGAGAGAAACCUUUCAAAUGCACUCAAUGUGGGAAGAGUUUCAGCCAAUCAGCACACCUUAAUGAACACAUGAAGAGGCACACUGGAGAGAAACCAUUCACAUGCACUCAGUGUGGGAAGAGUUUCAGCUGCUCAUCAAACCUUUAUCAACACAUGAGGAUCCACACUGGAGAGAGACCAUUCACAUGCACUCAGUGUGGGAAGAGUUUCAGCUACUCAUCAUACCUUAAUCUACACAUGAGGAUCCACACUGGAGAAAGACGAUUCACAUGCACUCAGUGUGGUAAAAGUUUCAGCAUAUUAUCAUCCCUUAAUAGUCACAUGAGGAUCCACACUGGACGCUUCAGUAAGAAAGAUCCUUCAUCCAGAUCAGUUCAAUCAUCAGUUGUUAGGCAGAACAGGAAAUCUGCACAGAAAAAGUUACACAUACACAUAACAGAGCCUGAAAGAGAGUGAGCCUUCGCCCCUCCCGUCUGUUAUGGUUCCUGUAAAUGAGCAAACUCUGAAAGUGAAAUUGUAACAUUUUGUUGAUAACAAGUACAGAGGAGUUAACUUCUCGGUUAUUAGUCACACGAAGACACAGCUGUUAUGGAGCAAGGUUAGAUGAGGUUAAGCACAUGAGGUUAUAUGAGGAUAAACACAUCAGCAUAAGCUCAUGUAAUUAGUUAAAAACAGAAUUAAACUGUUAAUGCAAGGAUUAGUCUAUUAAUGUAUAGGAUGAAGUUAAAAUAAUCAAAAAAUCCUUCAAGAUGCACGCCAAUGCGUCAGACCAGAAACGCAAGUUCGUGUGUCAAGUUUCGCAGUUCGCCUUGCAAAGUUUAAGCUUGGUAAACUCUGACCUGCGAAAUCGCAUCACUAGACUGUGUGAGACCAAUCGAAGAUCAAAACAUGACCUCUCAUGACUGAAAUGUAAAAUAUGGACCAAUCGCUCACUUUUUUAAUGUCUAAUCAUCUUGUUUAAUCCCGCCCCUUUUCGCAGCGCUGUACAACAGAAUUUCGCAUGCUCAAACUCUAGUGUGAUCGUAGCUUCGGUGUGGGAUGAGUUUCAGCAACUCCUCAUACCUUAAUAAAUACAUGAAGACCCACACUGGAGAGAAGCCAUUCACAUGUACUCAGUGUGGGAAGAGUUUCAACCGAUCAGCAAACCUUAAUGAACACAUGAAGGUCCACACUGGUGUGAAAGAGUAUAUGUGCUUGAGUGUAAGAAGACUUUUAUUACAGCUCCAAAAUUUAAACUGCACCAGACGAUUCACACUGGAGAAACCGUACAAGUGUUCACACUGUGACAAGAGGUUUAAUCAGUUGACACAUCUGAAAACACAAAAGAAGAUUACCACUGGAGAGAUCUGAUCAGUGUCUACAGAGUUUCACUCAUUCGGCGCAGUUUAAUAAACACGUGGACAAAAAGUUGCACACACGACAUGAAUGCAGCAAAACAUUUUCUCAUGUGCACAGGAUGUUUCAUGUCUGAAUAAUGUUUGAAAAGGCUGAGUGAUGGCAUUCUGUUUUUCAACACACCAACACUGCAGUAGGAGGAGUUGUAAAUGUGUUGCGCUUCUCAUGUUUACCGUAAACACAAUGAUGGCGGCUGAGUGAAGAACAGUUUUAUAAACAUCUGGCAAACAGCACCUCUGCAGCUUAAAAUUUCUUUGCAAGUGAUUUUACAGGUGAGGAUAUAUCUGUACUUUACUAUCCAGUGUAUUCAUGUAGCUAGUGUUGUUUUGGAUGAUGUUCUCUGUCUGACUUCCUGAAUGAGAAACAAACCACUGGGCUCCAGGACGGUUAGUUUGCAUCAGCUUAGAUGGCUGGCCAGCUCUAGGAAGAGUCCUGGUGGUUCCAAACAUCUUCCACUUACGGAUGAUGGAAGACACUGUGCUCAUUGGACCUUUCAGAGCAGCAGAAAAUUUUCUGUAACAUUUCCCGGCCUUGUGCCUCGAGACAAUCCUGUCCAGGAGGUGUACAGACAAUGCCCUUGUCUCCAUGCUUGGUUUGUGCUUUGACAUGCUCUGUCAACCCUGAGACCUUAUAUAGACAGGUGUAUGCCUUUCAAAUCAGGUCCAAACAACUGAAUUUGCCACAGGUGAAGUCCAAUUAAGCUGCUGAAACAUCUCAAGAAUGAUCAGUGGAAAGAGAAUGUGGGCUCAGUUUAGAGCUUCACGGCAAAGGCUGUGAAUACUUAUGUACAAGUGAUUUUUCAGCUUUUUUUAUUUUUAAUAAAUUUGCAACAAUUUCAAAAAAACUUUUUCACAUUCUCAUAAAUGGGGUAUUGUGUGUAGAAUUUUGAGGAAACAAAUGAAUUUAAUCCAUUUUUGAAUAAGGCUGUAGCAUAAAAAAAUUCGGAAAAAGUGAAGCGCUAUGAAUACUUUCUGGAUGCACUGUAUAUCUGUCAUUAGAACAGAAACAAGUCGGGGGAGUAAAUCAAGAUCUACCUGAGCUCAAACUCCCCUCUUGCCCUGCAUACGGGAGAGAGGUUAGGGCUUGAGGAUCUUAUGAGCUUAGGGCUCUCUCCCGGGACAGCAUACCAAACAAGUGUGAACUCUUGAAUACAUAUCAAGUUACUGAUAAUGAAACCCUUUGAACACCUGAUUACUUAAAAACUGAAAAGGGGUGAAGAUUUUGACAACUGUUUUUGUAGUGUAGAUCAGGGAUCACAGCCCAGUACCAGGUUGUGAUAUUUGCUACAGUGCUGCAAGAAUGCAAAAUAACUCUAUAUGUUGAUUGAUUCUGUGGCUUGUUUCACAUGCAAACAAGUAUCUGCAUCUGAAAAGGUGUGAACCAAAUGGCCUAUAGGAACUGAAGAGUUGUGACCCAACCAAAGCAGUUGGGUAAUCUCCAGGGGGUUACAUCCUUUGUUAUAAAGUAGUGUCUCACAGAGAGUACUUUGGGUCAAGUUACUUGAAGACCGACGAGUUAACAUCACUGCUGAGGAACUGCACUAUUUAUUGUCUUCAAUAAAGUCUUCUGCCCG